UAAACUGCUGUGCUGGGGAGAAUACUGAUGUGUGGUGGGCACAGCCGCCUGCAGGGGAUGAGGAGUCACAGAGGGACAGCAGAGUUCUGAAGUGACAGGAGCUGAGCUCUGGAGUGCUGGGAGGUGACGAGACAGCCCAGCUGUUGUGGUUGCACAUGCAGAAGAGGGGAGGUGUAGACAGACACAGGUAAAGGACAGACAGCUGGGGGGGAGUCACAUGAUGACAUUCACAGUGCAUCGUGCCAGCUAUAUAAUCUGCAGCACAAACAGACUCUGCAAACUCUGGACCAGGCUCCCUGCAUCCUUCCUGUGAGCUACAUCUGCAGCCCCCCACCUACUACAUCCGAGCCCCCAGUCUGCAGCCUGGGCUGAAGGAUAAACCGCACAUCCAGGAUGGGUCCUGUGAAAUGUUUACUGCUUGUUGCUGUCUGGAUGCAAGUAUCGGCCAUUCCCCUGUCCAGCAAGCUCUCCGAUGAAGAAGAAAAGGUCACAAGGUGCAUCUUGGAGGUUCUAGCAGAGUCGCUGUCCACACCUGGGUCAGACAGGGUCAGCAGCAGCUGUCUCCGAGUACUCAAAGAAGAUGAGCGACUGAUCUCCAUCCUGCGCCACCAGCAUCUGCUCAGAGAAUUGGAGGAUCUGACACACCAAGAAAAGUCACAGCAGCAUGGGGGCCAAGAGAGCAGCGAAGAGGAAGAACUUAGAAAGAGAGCCAAUGAGACACCAAUUCCUGCCCCCAAAAGGGACACUGGAACUAAAAGGUCAGAGAGUGAGGAAUCAAAAGAAUUUGAGAAAAUAGAGAAGGUGGAGAUCAAGGAGAAAGAACAUGGCACAUCAGCUGAGGAAAAAGCCAAGGAGCUGCUUGAGGAAGAGGAGAAUGAAAAGAGAAAUGCUCCCAUGAAGAGAGCUGCAGGUCAAGAGAAAAGAGCAGGAAAGGAGGUCCGAGGUGACGUUGCCACAAAGAGGAAAGAGAAAAAACACUUUAGUGAUGAGAGUGAAGAAGACUCAGAGGAAGGCGAGCAUGAUGGAGGAUACCACGGGAACAGCAACGGGUGGUACCACAGGAACCAUGAAGGGUGGGAAGAGAAGAAGCGAGGUUCACAGAGAAGGAUGGCAGAGGAUCCCAGUCAGGAAGAAACUGCCCAGUUUGAGUCUGAAGACAAAGGCAUGAAAUACUUUAACACCAAGACACACAUGCAGGGUUACCAUGGGGAAGAGAAGAGGCAUAUCCAUCACCCAGAAGAAGUUGAGGUGGACAGAGAGAGAGGCUACAAUGGCCCAGAGGAAGAUGAGAUAGGGAGAGAGAGGUAUCACCCCAAUGGGAGGCCAGAAAACCACGGGCACAGAGAGGAGGAAGAGGAAGAAGCAGAGGAGCUGGAGGAAAUGGAGGAACGAGAGGAACACAGAUCUCAGGAACGGGACAUCCAGGAGGUAGAGGAAGAACUUAGGAAAGCCGCUGAGCGACUGCAGGAGAUUCACCAGGGCUGAGAGAAGAGGAAGGAGAUGUUACCCUCUGUCUUCCAGACUAUAACCUGCACAAGCCUUGCACGCAUUCUUGUAUCCUAUGUACUCCAUCCCUUGGUAUUCUCCCUCAACUGGCUGUAUACUGUUUUGAAGAUAGAGGGUUGUAUUUUUGUGGCUAUAACCUGCUGGGAACAGAUCCUGGCUGAAGAGUAUCCAGGAGUAAAUAUGUCUGUGUUUUAAAUUAUUUUCCGUUUGCAGUGAAUGUGGUUCUUCAAAAGUGCCUGUCAUUGCUAUAGGCCUCCAAGAGGAGAAAGUGGAGAAGUCCUGGGCUACCAAUUGUCACUAAUAAUAAUGUUACACCUCUUUUGUCUUACAUAAAUGCUCUUUACAGAAAUGUUUUGUUCAUUAAUUAAGGUACAAUUACCAAGAGAGAAAGUGUCAGUCACCUAUAAAUGUACAUAUUUCCAUGGGCAAAGAUGUCAUUUCAGUGUCUGCUUUGUGAUUAUUUUCAUAUCUUGCAUUGAGAACAGAAUAAAAAUGUAAUAAUUCCAA